AUGGCCGACACGGCAGCUUCGCGACCUCCCAGCACGGCAGAGCAGCUCGUAAGAAUGUCCUCGAAGCGGACGCGGGAGAUAUUUGCCGCCGAAUUUGCUUCAUCCGCCGCAUUAGAUCAUGCAUCCAACGGCAGCUUCUCCAUACACCCCACAUCGCCGGCCCCUUCGACCGCCGCCGACCAAGCAGGCGUCGCAUCGCGCAUUCGCAAUGAAUACGAACACGUCCGCGAACUUCCACCUGCUCUCGCGGCCAAGAUGGCCAGCGCUGCAUCCACAGCAGCAGAGCGCCGCAAGAAGAUCAAGGCGCAGAACGCCGAGGAGAAGGCCUCUGAUCCUAAGAUGCAGAAGAUGAUUGAGGGAGUCUCAGAAAAGGCUGAUAAGGCGCGGGAUGCGCAAUCAAUGCAGCUGGCAGUACGAGCUGGAGGAAAGGGCGCUGCCCCCAACGCACAAGGGCCUACACCAAACAGAGAUCAGACAUCCAGUUCGCUGGUCAGGAAGGACGUGGUUAGGCAAGCGAAGCCUGAGUGGCAUGCUCCUUGGAAAAUCAAGACAGUCAUUAGCGGACACAUGGGAUGGGUGCGAUCGGUGGCCAUGGAGCCUGGGAACGAGUGGUUUGCUACUGGCGCAGCAGACCGCACCAUCAAGCUCUGGGACCUUGCGAGCGGCCGGUUGAAAAUCACCCUAACGGGGCACAUCUCGGCAGUCAGAGGCCUUGCAGUAAGCCCAAGACACCCCUAUCUUUUCUCCUGCGGAGAAGAUAAGAUGGUCAAAUGCUGGGACCUCGAAACCAACAAGGUAAUUCGACAUUACCACGGCCAUCUGAGCGGAGUCUACUCGCUUUCGCUUCACCCGACAGUGGAUGUGUUGUGCACAGGAGGACGAGAUGGCGUAGUACGUGUAUGGGACAUGCGCUCACGCAGCAAUAUCCACGUCCUCGGUGGUCACAAAGGAACAAUUUCGUCAAUCCAGUGUCAAGAAGCUGAGCCACAAGUAAUAUCCGGAAGCAUGGACAGCACAAUCCGGCUGUGGGACCUUGUGGCAGGAAAGACCCGAACUGUAUUGACUCACCACAAAAAGUCUGUCCGCGCUCUUGCCAUACAUCCCACAGAAUUUACCUUCGCCUCUGGUUCUGCACAAUCCGCGAAACAGUGGCUAUGUCCCAACGGAGACUUCAUGCAGAACUUCUCCCCCGUAAACAGCAUCAUCAAUACGCUUUCGGUUAACGAAAACAACAUGAUGUUCGCCGGUAGCGACAACGGCGAAGUCUCCUUCUACGACUGGAAGACUGGUCAUCGCUUCCAGCACACUGAGAGUAUUGCCCAACCUGGUUCUCUUGAAGCAGAAGCCGGAGUCAUGUGCUCUACAUUCGAUGCAUCGGGUCUUCGUCUUAUCACUGGCGAGUCAGACAAGUCGAUCAAGAUUUGGAAACAGGAUGAGACUGCAACGGAAGAGACGCAUCCUCUGGACUGGAAGCCAACACUUGGUCGACAAAAAUACUAG